GUUCGGAGGCGCGCGACGUCGUUACAAAUUCGCGAGUAGGUAUUUUCGUACACAAAUAAGUGUUUUAAAAAUAAUUUUAUCUGUCUGUUGUGGAGUUCGACUAUGAUUUUGUAAGUAUAUUGUGCUUAAAAUAAACGUUUUAAUGUUUAUUUUCAUAACUAAUAUGGUUCCCGCCUAAAACUGAAAUAAUGAAGAUGAAGCGACUGAUAAACGGCUUUUGGUAAAAUUAUAGUUUACUGCAGUGAGUGAAUAUGUGUUCAGAAUAGAGUUGGGGCAACGACAUACUAAUUAAGUAUUUUUCUUUUAUUAAAUUACUAAAUAAAAAGAAUAUGCUUCAACGGACUAAGUUAAUAUUUGCGUAAAUUGAUUGAUCGUCGAUAGCAAAAAUUGACAGUGGCUCAGGAUCAGCAAAAGAUGUCGCUGGUGGCGCCUAGGAGAGUGCAGUUGGAUUGGACCAAUUCAAUACCAUGGGAGCAGGCUGGGUGUGAUCGUGAGACGUACGCGGACGUCGCGCAGCACCUCUCGCAUCAAUCGAAGUCCUCGUCUUCGUCGGCCGACACAGCCUCACAAGGCUCCGGUUCAGCAGAGCAGCCUAAACCCAACAAAUAUGAACCGCCGAAACAGGAGCGUCGCGCGGAUGUCUGUCCGGCGCGAGUGCAGCCCAACCCGCUGUUGAGAUCUCGGACCCUUCCUAACUUCGGCGGCAAGUGCUCCCGCGAAGGCUCGCGUUGUGACACGUCCCGUCGCGCGCAUCACAUCACCAUGGCGACCGAAGACCUGCUGCAGCCGGGGCACGUCGUCAAGGAGAGGUGGAAGGUGAUGAAGAAGAUAGGCGGCGGCGGCUUCGGCGAGAUCUACGAAGGUCUGGAUCUGGUUACGCAGGAGCAGGUGGCCCUGAAGGUGGAGUCGGCCAGGCAAGCCAAGCAGGUGCUCAAGAUGGAGGUGGCCGUUCUCAAGAAGCUGCAGGGCAAAGAGCACGUGUGCCGCUUCAUCGGCUGCGGAAGGAACGCUCGCUUCAACUACGUGGUGAUGCAGCUGCAGGGCCGCAACUUGGCCGAGCUGAGGCGGGCUCAGCCCAGGGGCGCCUUCUCCCUGUCCACGACCCUCAGGCUCGGCCUCCAAAUACUCAAGGCGAUAGACUCCAUUCACUCGGUGGGCUUCCUGCAUCGGGACAUCAAGCCGAGCAACUUCAGCAUCGGGCGGCACCCGUCCAACUGCCGGCGCGUGUACAUGCUGGACUUCGGGCUGGCUCGCCAGUACACCACCAGCACGGGGGCCGUGAGACCUCCCAGGGCCGCGGCCGGAUUCAGAGGUACGGUCCGGUACGCCUCCAUAAACGCCCACAAGAACAAGGAGAUGGGCAGACACGACGACCUCUGGUCGCUCUUCUACAUGCUGGUCGAGUUCGUCAACGGCCAACUGCCCUGGAGGAAGAUCAAGGAUAAAGAACAGGUCGGCCUCAUGAAGGAGAAGUACGACCACCGCCUUCUGCUGAAGCAUCUUCCGUCAGAACUGCGCCAGUUCCUGGAACACGUGCAGAGUCUGGAGUACGCCGACGCCCCGGAUUACGGGAUGCUGGCUGCUCUAUUGGAGAGAUGCUGCAAGAGACGCGGUAUUAAGGAUACCGAUCCCUAUGAUUGGGAGAAAGACAGUGUUCCCGCUCGCGCCCGAGUGCCUCUCCAGGCCGCUCCGGAAUUACCGCUACAGCCGGACGUACCGGACAGGACGUCUCGUCGACGCGAGCCAGAUGCGACGACGGCGGCGGGAACCGACACUCAGAGCAACUUGAGGACGUCGCCGAGACAUGCGCACGCGCACCUCAACGGAUACUCCGCCACCGUGGAGAAAGUGGAGAGGGAGAAAGAGAAGGAGCCGGAGCCGAAGACCACUCCGGCGCCUUCCCCCGACAGGCACGUCAAGGAGACCUCGACCUCGGCCCUGGCCAGCAACACGCCCGGUCGCCCCGAGAGGCAGAGCGUGCCGCCUUGCAAGCCUCGACCCAACGCCACGGGUGCUCCGACCUUGGCCCGCCUGCGAGUCGUCACGGCUCCGCCCACCUGCGUCCAAGAGUUGGCUCAAGCCUCGCCUUCGAUCACCGGUAACGACAGCCUCACCCGCGUCUCCGGCGUUUGGUUAUCUCGCGAGACGAGCAGCCCGCGGGUGGUGGCGGACGUGGACAGCGUGCACUCGGACGCGCACUUCAAGCGAGGUCGUCGCGGCGGACGACCGACUCGCGCGGAGCAGAGCGUGACGCAGUGCGCCGUGAUGGAGGACGAGAACGCGUCGCAGGCCGUCACUCGAGGGGCGGCGCUCACGCUCGUCUCGCUCUGGAAGUCGCAGUUCGACGACUCUUCGGAGACCACCGACAACGACUGGAAGCACGAACACGCGCAGUCUCCGGAGCACCGUCAACGAGCUUCGGCGGUGUCCUCCUCGAGCAAGGAGCCUCGCACCCAACCGCCGCUGACGCACACGUCCCAGCAUCACACCCACACGCAGCCCACUCUGCCGUCGCAGCCCACUCUGCCCUCGCAGCCUACGCAGAUCCACGUGGUCGUGCCCGGUAUCCAGGAGCCCGUCGAGCCGUCUCCCGGUCCGCAGGUUGAGAAGGAAAAGCCGGAGAUGACGGAGAGAGCGGAGAAGGCGCGAAGUCGGUGCUGCCUGCACAGCGCGGGGGUGGAGAAUUUCCCCAAGGUCGUCCCGCUCCUGCCCCGCAGCUGGUCCUUGCCCGCUAUCGGCUCGCACGUCCGCGACAUCCGGCCUCCCCUGCUCCAGCAGGCGUCCUUCGACGACGGCACCGGUGCGGCCCUGCGGUACCGGCUCGACGUCAUGCGGGGCGUCGCCGCGAGGCUGGAGCCCCACGAGCCUUCGCCUAAGCGGAUCGUCCGCCGCGGGAGCUUGCCGGUCAGAUCGGCGUUUCCGGUCGUAGAGUCGGACGCGUCGAGGGACGGCCGCGGCCUCCGUCUGAAGGGCGUCGAUCGAUCGCGGAGCGCGUCGAACUCGGGCGGCGCGUCGGCGGCGGGAGGCGCCGAGGCUCCGGCGUCCGCGCCCCGAGAGGCCACCGUCUCCAGCCGCCUCGAGAUCAGGGUCCGCCGCGACGACGACGCCUCGCCCCUGCACUCCGCGGUGCGCAUCCAGUCGGUGGUGGUCGGAGCCAACGAGGAGGCCUCCGUGUACUACGACGCCACGGACAGACAUCGCGACAAACGGUCUUCCACUCGCAGCGCGGAGAAGAGCCGCAGCGGGACGGAGAGGCCGCGACCGGAUCUGCCCGACAGAAGCGGUUCCGUGCGUCGCGACGCGAGCGGCGCAGGCGACGGAUCCAGUCUCAGAGACCGAUCGACGGGCAGCGGCUCUCGUAUUCCGGUGGCAGCGGGCGCUCACCGGUUGGCCAAGUGCGCUUCUUGGAGCGGAGAUCGAGAUCCGCCUCCGCCCGCCGUCGACGACCUCACGCCCGCGUUGCGCCGGCGCAGACAGAACUCCGAUAAGUAUGCGAUGGAUCCCGCCCGGGAACUGAACUUGAGAUUCGCGAGACCGAGACAUCGUCCCGUCGCGCAGCCGCCCGCCAAGGCGGAGUCCAGCCGGUCGGGCUCGUCCUCAUCGGGCUCCCCCCCUCCCGCGGGGAGCUCCCCGGCGCCCCCGCCCCCCGCGCCUCCUCCCACCGCACCGCCCCACAACGCCGCCAGAGCCAGGCGAUUCCGGCCGCUCUCCAUCGCGCCCUAGCUCAGAGCGGAAGAACAACUCUGACAGCAGUGAACGUGUGUUCGACCUCAAAUGAACAUACUCUGUACCGAGGAAAAUGUGGUGACGCAGGUGUUCCGGCGUAUGGUGUUCCAGGAUCGUGAACUGUUUAUUGAGCUCUCCUAAUCGUGAAACCGAGCGAGCCUGGGACACAAUUUGCCAUCAAAUAAAUGAACGAAAACCUAAGCACACGUACUUCUAUACGUUUAUCAUUUACAGAAGAAAAGUUCUUAUCAAAUUUGUUACUUUGAACCUUUCGUCCAUACAUACAAUGGACCGAUUUAUAAAUACAGUGUAAACACUAACUGGUAACUACAACGAUUAUUAUUUAGUAAGAAUAACGUUAAGAUUAUGCUUCCUUCGUGCAAAGAGGUCACAACCAACGUGGCAGUAAUGAGAAAACAGCUCGUUACGCGGAGUUUGCACUGUUUAUAAAUCUCCGUCUCUCUUAAUGUUACUUAUUCUCCGGAAUUCAAGUUUCUUGUCAUACUAAUUAACUGGAUUGCUUAGUCCAUUUUUGUACUUGGCUUUCACGACAAGGUCGUUUGUGACGCAUUGUGCGGUUUCAAUCCCUGAUCGAGAUCCCGCGAGUGGAUUCGUUCGGUUCCCCUGAGCUUCGUUUAGUAUGAAAUAAUUAAAUGUUAAAAAAAAUUUAAAACGGUGCAUGCACUAUCUUUAAAAGUAAAAAAAAAAAAUUGUCAUUUCACUAAUAAUUAAAAGUUUAAUAAUUGUAAAUUAUUCGUCUCAUGUACUUUUACUUCGUCGUUCGCCCGACACGAACUUUGCCGUUUCAGUACGACCGUGUAGAUCCUUAAAUCUUAAGUUAAUGAACGUUUUGAACUGAUUAUUGUAUUGUUAGUAAUUUAUUAGAUUUCUACUUUAAGCCCCAAAGCUCAUUUAUUUAAUGUAUUAAUUUAAUGUGAGGCUGGCCGAGUGUUCGAGUCGAAGCGUGGCCCGCCCUCGAAGCCAGGAAAUCUCAUCGCUGGCAACGAUUUCUCAUUUGUCGAAUGGUAUCUUUGGCCAGCCGUGUCACCUGCAUAGUAUAUGAUGGAAGAACGCCUCCGGUGUUAAUUUCAGAGACUUCGUUAAUCUAUUAUCAUUAGAGCCGCUUAAGAAGAGUGUUUCGCCAUAUCGAUAUUAAUAAAGUCAACUCGGUACGAUUAGAUGCUAGUGUAAAUAGGUUUCAAUUUCAGAUUACGAAACAAAGGCAGGCCUUCUGAGAGCACUCGCAAUGAUGAGUCGGAUUGUUUAGUUUAACGAAUUAUUCUCAGAAUGAUUGCAAUAAAACUUAUAUUUAUUAUAUAUAGAUUAUUUGAUGAAUUGCUUAUUUUAGUAUUAUAAUGGUAUCCGUGACUGAACUUCUAAAAACUGCUUUGGCCGUGCGAAGCAAUUUGCCUUUGUUUUUUAAUUAGAAAGUCAAAUAGUUAUCUAUCUUGCUGCUGACAUUGACAUUUUGCUCGCGAGACCAAAUAAUACAGUAACAAACAUUGAGCCACUCGUUGAAUUGGCCCGAUGAGGGCGAAGCUGAAGAAACGGAUAAGCUGUAGGUAUUUUAUUGGUAAUAAAUGAAUUUUGAAUGUCGACGCUACGAGUGAUCGUGUGAAGAGUUCAUUAACUGUGACGGUUGUGUACGGAGAUUUGGCACGAAUCUGUCGUGACUUUGAAGCUCUGGUGUGAGGUACCUCACUUGAGAUAGUUUAGAUACCCUGGUGUUGUAAGAAAGUGGGCACAAUACUAUUGUAAGAAUUGGAUAUGGAUCAGAAACGACACGGCAAUCGCUUUCAUGAAUAUGGAUUACAUUUAGUUAUGUAUGGGUUCAAUCAAACGGCUCUCUGAAAUCAAAAUGAAUAGACAGUGAGAGAAGAAUUGCUUAUGAAAGGUCCGUAUAUUUUUUAGAGACCUAUGGUCUUAAAUCUCGAUGUGAGUCGUGUUGUACAUUUUUUAAUAUGUAUUUGACUAAUCUGUUUUAUAUGUUAGUGUUGCACGCGAAUUUCGUCGAUAUUCGUUUCAUGUCUUCAGGAGACAUUAAAAAACGUGACUUUUAAGUCUAUAUCUUCGAACUAUAUACAUAUGUAUAAAUAUUAUUACUAUGUUGUUAUGUAGACGCCAUUCGACUCUAGUCUCUGCUGCUUAGUUUAGAAUAAUGUAACAAAACUAGAAUUAAGAUUUAUUGGUAAUUUCGUGCAAAGGCAGCGGCGUGCAACUUGACUGCGAUAUUGCAGCUGUCAGUGGUGGUGGACAGUUGUCAGCUGCGAGUGAGAGUAGUCGAAAUUGUGUUUGGCGGGAAAUAAGCUGAAGUUUACUGUCGCUUGGGGUCGGCCGCGGGCCCCACAACACAUUCUAGUCUACGAACAGCUUCCGUCUCAUAGUUAUAUUGAUAACAGAUUAAUAAAAUUGGAGACAAUUAUUUUUGACAUAUAAUAAAUUAUGUAUAAAGUUGUUGUUAUAUACUUAAGCCCUUUUAAUGGAUAAAAUUGCGGCGCGCUGACGCGAUCCUAUGUCGGAGAUGCACGCUCGGUUAUGUUUUGUUUUGCGACUUUUUUUUUAUAUUUAUCAAAAUAUGCACAAUGAAAUUUAAAUAAAAG